GACAAGGAGGGGGCAAUAUCUCUUCACUUUUGAUUCGCACAUCGGCCUGUACGGCCCUAUCGAAGCUGCAUUGCUGGCGAUGUGGGAUGCGUGAGACGAUUCCUUAUUGUGUCCCAAAGCAAAGGUGGUCAGCCGCGAAUUCAAACUAACCACGCCCAAGAGAUGAGAAAUGGAUCGCUGGCCGCCCUCACUCCCAUAUCUACAAUCCUUCUAUCAUCUCUUCCGUCGGUCACUAACUGUGUAAUCCAUCAUUCCGUGAAACCCGCCUUUCGGCCCCUGGAGACAUCAUGGGCCUCUUUAGACCUACCACCAGCGUCGGCCGCCCGAAGACCGCCCAGCCUGACCUACGUGGGAGAAUAAGCGGACCUAUUCCGAUGGACGAGGACUUUCCUAUCAGAAAUAUUGGGGCGGGAAUAACUCAAGAAGACAGGAUAGAGCGGCAACCUGAAUCCCACGUCGAAGACCAGCCCAAUUCUAUUUCGAGGUCGGGAAAUACACCUUCUGAUGUUGCACGGACAGAUAAAGCGGAUUCUGUAACGCCGUCUGGACCUAGUCAAGCCUCUUACGUCUCUGCAAGUCCGCGCCAACAUCGAGCUACUCGUUCUAGCACUCUUAGGUAUUCAGUCGUUAGCGAUGGCGAAGACAUAGAGCGGCCGCAGCGGAAGAAAUCAACACUUAAAUCUACGCUCGGCAAACUAUUCAAGCGAAAGAAGAAGAGCACAAGCGGGCCGUUCACAUCGGAGGCACAAAACGCAGAGACAGGUGAUUCUGCACUACCCGAACAUGAUUCGCCAGCCUCAGACCGAGCUCGAAAAGAAAACGAACCAAAACGCUCAGCCUCAUUACCGAUUACAGAAUACAAUAAAGCACUAAGGUCACAUUCGACCGGCCCCGAUGACAUCGUAGCAGUAGGCAGUGCUCGUAACUCGCUACAAAUAGAUCCCGUAUUACUUCGGAGAAGAGCUGCGUCAUCAAAUAGGAUUCUAAGCGGGAGAAUUAAGGACUUUGAUGGAGAAUUGAUAGGCCUAUCACCCAGACCAGCCAGUACUCAUGGGCGCGGUGGACAUACAUCGAGCGAUGACGAUCCUGAUGAUAUAGGUCGUGCUAUCACAAGUGAUAGCCAUAAUAACCGUCGAAGAUCAAGGAGUUUAUCUCAGCUUCAGGAUGCCGCAAUUAGUCAAGUCCAGGUACGAAAACGCAGCGACGAAAUCCGUUAUUGGAGGGCGAGUCAUAACCCAGCUAUCCUGUCCCCUAACUCGUCUACUGCAAACAAUGACGAUACGGGAGCUGUGGAUGUGGACGUAGUCACUCCGCCCGACUCCCCCCAGCAACUAUCUCCAAAGACGCCGCCACAGCCCUUCAACUUUGGACCAAUGUUAGGAAUGAAGAUCACGCAGGCAGCUAGUCUGGAGGAUCGUUUAACUGCAUUAGAAGUACACAACCAGAAACUAGAGAAACUUGUUUCCCAGCUUUUCCAAGUUAUACCGGGCGUAAACAAUUAUGUGCCGGAGACACCAGGCCGAGAACAGUCUCGGGGUUCCAUGGCGCCAUCCGCAACGUAUACGCCGAACCGCCCGAUAGUCAGCGAGAGAUCGGACUACAUGUCUUCAUCUCACCCAACCGAAGAAUCUCCAGGAUAUAGCCAUUCCCAACAAUCAAAUGAAUCGUUCGGCGAUGGAAACACAUUCAUCGAAUCGGUUCCCCCAUCAAUGGUACCGCCACGUCAACGACCUACAUCUAACGCAACGGUUCGCGGCGCAACAAGCUUACCCGCCUUACUAGGAGAAAAUGUAGGACCAUUCACCGCGGACCAUUAUACCACAUUAAAAGCCUUAUUAGAUACCGAGCGAGAUGCGCGACAAGCGUUGGAAGCUCGUGUAACCAGGCUUAAUCACAGAUUUAAUCUCCUGUCUCGUACUUCGCACAAGCUAGAGACUGCAUCUACUACAUACUCCACUGUGUCUGCUUUCGAGCAUGAUGACGAUGAACCCCUAACUGCCGGUGCGGAAACCGAGUCGGAAGCAUAUAAGACGCCCCGUGAAGAGGAGAGUGGACACGGCUUCGGCGCUUUUGGCGAAGAGCUUCGUGAUGAGGAGGUCGAUGGCUCCAGAAAGAAGGCAGCCAGGACGCUUUCUCUCAGCCAACUAACUCUGAAGAGGCCAUUACGGCCUCAGCAAGAAACUGGCGUGGAGUUAUGACUACGCAU